AUGCCAAAGCGAAGCACAGCGGCAGCUGCAGGUGUGGAUGUUAAAGCUUCAACAAUGAAUUGGAAUAAAAGGUUGGCCAUGGAAAUCAUUGCAGCAGUUUCGUCGGCAGUUGCUGUCGGAGUUUAUAAUUACAGGAAACUAAAAGUCAGGAUGAUGAGUUCACAACAAAGUACAACAAAGGAAGAGGAAGAUUGUUUACGGGCAAUUCAAUACGCUACUUCAACAGUGCUCCCUUUUGCUUUGAAAGCCGCCGUUGAUCUUGAUUUAUUCGAGAUUAUAGCGAAAUCGGGUCCAGGUUCCAUGGUUUCUGCUGCUGAGAUUGUCUCCAGACUUCCAGCUAAGAACCCUAAUGCUUCCGAAAUCAUCGACCGUAUACUUCGAUUUCUGACGGCCCAUUCGGUCUUGGAUUGCAAGGUUGCUACCGCUGAAGACGGAAACACGACGAGAUUAUAUGGUAUUGCUUCAAUCGGCAAAUACUUUGUUCAAAAUGAAGAUGGAAUUUCCGUAGUUCCAAUGCUGCAUCUGAAUAUGGAUAGACAUGUGUUCGAGUCUUGGAACUUCUUGAAAGAGGCAACAUUGGAAGGUGGGUUGUCAUUUGUGAGGGGAUUUAGGGGAGACUUGUUUGAGGCGGUUACAAAAGAUAGAAAUUUAGCCAAUAAUUUCAACCAUACAAUGUCCAACCACACUGCCAUAGUCAUGAAUAAAGCCCUACAAAUCUACAAGGGUUUUGAAGGCUUAACCCAAGUGGUUGAUGUGGGAGGAGGAUGGGGCACAAAUCUUAAGCUCAUCAUUUUCAAAGUACCAUCGAAUUAA